AUGGGGUAUGGCGACUAUGAGGUUUUGGGCGUGGUUGUCGAGAAGUAUCUCAAAACGACGGAUAAUAUACUACAAAUUGGCUGUGGCAACUCGCAGCUAGCAUCGCAAUUGUACGAUAAUGGGUACCGCACAGUGCACAGCAUAGACACAGAUGCAUCUGUAAUCGACGAACAACGUUUGCGGAAUAAAGAACGUCCUGAACUUGUCUUUGGAGUUGAUGAUGCCACUUCAGUAGGUUUUCUUUGUUAG